AUGGGUGUUCCUUCAUUUUUCAGAUGGUUAUCUAGAAAAUACCCAAAAAUUAUUUCACCAGUCUUAGAAGAUGCACCACAAGUAGUGGAUGGUGUUCAAUUACCUAUUGAUUAUUCUGCUCCAAAUCAAAAUGGUGAAUUGGAUAAUUUGUAUUUGGAUAUGAACGGUAUUGUCCAUCCUUGUUCUCAUCCAGAAAACAAACCUCCUCCAGAAAAUGAAGAUGAGAUGUUAUUAGCUGUCUUUGAAUAUACCAAUAGAGUUUUAAAUAUGGCAAGACCAAGAAAAGUGCUAAUGAUAGCUGUUGAUGGUGUUGCUCCUCGUGCUAAGAUGAAUCAACAGAGAGCUCGUAGAUUCAGAAGUGCUAGAGAUGCUAAAAUUCAAGAUGAAGCUCGUGAAGAGAUCAUGAGAGAAAAAGAAGAAAUUGGUGAACAUAUUGAUGAAUCCGUUAGAAAUAAGAAAACUUGGGAUUCGAAUGCAAUUACUCCAGGUACUCCCUUCAUGGAUAAGUUAGCUGCUGCUUUACGUUAUUGGACAGCAUUUAAAUUAGCUACCGAUCCAGGUUGGAAAAAUUUACAAAUUAUUAUUAGCGAUGCUACUGUUCCUGGUGAAGGUGAACAUAAAAUUAUGAAUUUUAUAAGAUCUCAACGUGCAGAUCCAGAAUAUAACCCAAAUACUACACAUUGUAUCUAUGGUUUGGAUGCAGAUUUGAUCUUUUUAGGGCUAGCAACCCAUGAGCCUCAUUUUAAAAUCUUAAGAGAAGAUGUUUUCGCCCAGGGAAAUAACCGUAAAAGACACAAUUUUAAAGAUAAUAUUAAUAUGACUGAAGAGGAGAAACAAAUUAUAAUGAAGGAAGAUUCUCAAAAACCAUUUUUAUGGUUGCACAUCAGCGUAUUAAGAGAAUAUCUUUCAGCUGAAUUAUGGGUUCAGAGAUUACCAUUUCCAUUUGAUCUAGAGAGAGCUAUCGAUGACUGGGUUUUCAUGUGUUUCUUUUGUGGUAAUGAUUUCUUACCGCAUUUACCAAGUUUAGACGUCAGAGAAAAUAGUAUAGAUAUUUUAUUGGAUAUAUGGAAAGUGGUACUACCAAAUUUGAAAGAUUAUAUGACAUGUGAUGGUGAAUUGAAUUUAGCUUCAGUUGAAAAGCUGUUAUAUCAAUUAGGCUCAAGAGAAGGUGAUAUUUUUAAAACAAGACAUAUACAAGAAAUUAGAAAACAAGAAGCUCUUCAAAGAAGGAAACUUGGAAAUCAAAAAAAUUUAUCACAAGGUCAAGAUAGGCAUCCAACUCAAUUCAAUGAACAACUCCAACUAUAUGAUACAAAUGGUAAUUUAGCAAAAGGUUCUUGGAAUCUGACAACUAGUGAUAUGGUCAAAUUUAAAAAGGAAUUGAUGCUAGCAAAUGAAGGUGAUGAGGAAGCGAUCAAGGUUAUUAAAGCUCAAAGCGAUCUUAAUAAUAAACUUGAAAAUGAGAUAAAUAAAGAAAAGGAGGAAGAAGCUAUUAAUCAAGGAAAUAUUGCCAACUUUAGUGCUGUAGACACCAUGAAGAAGAAAUUAACGGAAAGAAAGCGUCAAUUAGAACAAGAAGAAAAUGAAGACAAAAUGAAAAAUGAAAAAGAUACUAAGAAACCUAAAACCGAAUCAAAAGAAGAUGAAUUGACAAAUGAUAUAGAAGCAGAAAUUGUAGCAGAAGUUGCAGAUGAGUUAAAUGAUGAAGAAGGAGAAGAUGGAGAAUCAGGCCAAAAUACAGAGGACACUAAUGAUGUAGUUCCAGGUAUUUCUCCUUUUGAAGGAACUAGUGGUGUGAUUGAUACCGAUGAAUCUGUAAGACUGUAUGAACCAGGAUACCAUUCUAGGUAUUACACUUCUAAAUUUAAUAUAGCUGAAGAAAAUAUCACUCCAUUAAGUCGGAAGGUAGUUAGAAGUUACAUUGAAGGUGUCUCUUGGGUAUUGCUAUACUAUUAUCAGGGUUGUGCGUCUUGGAAUUGGUAUUAUCCUUAUCAUUAUGCACCAUUUGCGAGUGAUUUUACUAAUAUUGCGGACAUGGAAAUUAAUUUUGAACUGGGUGAACCAUUCCUACCAUAUGAACAGUUAAUGAGUGUUUUACCAGCAGCAUCUGGUAAUAUGCUUCCUAAGGUUUUCCAAUCUUUAAUGAGAAACCCAGAUUCUGAAAUAGUUGACUUUUACCCUGUCGAAUUUUUAAUUGAUAUGAAUGGUAAAAAAAUGUCAUGGCAGGGAAUAGCUCUUCUGCCAUUUAUUGAUGAAGAGAGGUUAUUGAAAUCUGUGCGUUCACAAUAUAAGGUAUUGACGGAUAGUGAAAAGUCUAGAAAUGUUCGGAAUCAAGAAAUUGUCUUAAUUAGCAACAAAAAUGUCAAUUACGAUAAAUUUGUGAAAGAACUAUACACUGAAAACUUGGAGAAUCCAAAUUUUGAGCAAUAUUUCAGUCAUUUCAAUAGCGGUUUAAGUGGAUAUGUCGGUAAAGAUAAAGAAGGAUUUGAUUUAAAUAGUAAAAUUUUAUGUCCAAUACAAGCUGGUUCAUUGCCAACACUUUCUACAAAUUUAUUUCUGAAAAUGAGUUACAGAAUGCUACCUUUACCAACAAAAAAUAAAUCUAUUAUAUUGAAUGGAUUUGUAGCCUCAGAACCAAUGUUAACAUCCUACGAUCUAGAUUCUAUUUUAUACAAAUACAAUGAUCGAAAUUUUUAUAGAAAUGGUAACAGAAAUUUUGGAGAUGAUAUGAAACAAAACAUAGUGCCAGUAGGACCAAGGGGUGUUACUCAGUAUAAACCUAGAGUUGGUGGUUAUAGAGCUUUCUUUCAUUUUGAACAAAUGAAUAACGGUCAUAAUAAUUAUAAUAAUAAUGGUACAGGAAAUACCUCGUAUGAAAAUAAUGGUUAUAAUCGUGGUCAGCAGUUUAACCAACAUCAAGGUGGUUCCUAUGGCAGAUACAACAAUUCAAAUAGAAACUAUCAAUCGGACAAUUAUAAUGCAAAUUCAGGAGGUUCGUAUAAUUUCAGGAAUAAUGGGAACUAUAAUAACAGAAACCGUGGAUACAAUAACAACGGACAGGAAAGAAAUGAUAGAAAUACCAGUGGACAUAGAGGCGGUAGUCGACAACAAAGCAGGUAUAAUGGAAACUGGAACCAACCACAUAGUGGUAAUUAUAAAUCUAGAUACCAAUAA